CCGGCUUCUCCCAAGCCGGGUGGCGCUGCAAGGUGUCUGAUAGAGGUCUGAGGCGAUGAGGUUGACCUCCGCCGCUGCGUUGAUCGCCUGCCUGUCGUCGUGCGCCAGCGCCAGCAGCAUCGCGACGGGCGAGGCCCAGGCGGGCCAGCAGCCGCGCGAGGACCGCACCGCAGCUGCGGGCAGCAGCUUGCCUCCCGGCUUGGGCUUCCUCCGGGCGCUGGGCGGCGAGUGCCGCUCGUGCCUCAAAGAGUGCCUGGGGACGCAGGCAACGGCGCUGCAGCAGGCGUCGCUGCGGUGGCAGGCUCCCAUCUCGCUCGUCACCUGGUACCUCUUUCGCAAUCGCCCCUUCAAGAUGUGGCCGCUCGAGGAGGUGGUGUACAACGCGCUCAAGGUGCACCCGGCCGUGUGGGGCUCGCUCGCCGCGGGGGGCUACAUGAGCUGUAGCAGCCAGUGCGAUGCCGAGUGCCCCUUCCCCGGCCAGCGCUACGACCCGAGCGGGCCUGCGAUGCGCGAGCUCGAGGAGAUCGACGCGGCCGACACGAGCUGGCUGAUGCGACUCUACCGCCAGGGCGGCUCGCGAGGAGGCGGGUCGAGGGGAGGGAUCCAGGACACGCUCGGGACGCUCUUCCAGCUCUGA